AUGACAACAAGAGUCAAUAUCCCAAAAGAAAGAAAUGACAAGUUAGAAUGGAAACGUCUUAUUGUUGUUUUAGAAAAUGCUCCAAUUGAACCUGUUAAAGUUGGUGCUGUUUAUAAAUUAGCAUCAACUGAUUCUCCAAAUACAUUAAAAGAUUUACAAAAAAGAGGAAAAGAUACUACAAUAUAUCGUCCUGAUAUUCUUCAUUAUACAUUAUUAACAUUACUUGACAGUCCAUUAAAUAAAGCUGGUAUGUUACAAAUAUUUAUUAGAACAUAUAAUAACACCCUGAUUGAAGUCAAUCCACAACUUCGUAUUCCACGAACAUAUAAAAGAUUUGCUGGACUAAUGGUUCAAUUGCUUCAUAAAUUAUCAAUUCAUGCAGCUGAUGGACCUGAUAAGUUACUUUCUGUUGUAAAAAAUCCUGUCACUCAAUACUUUCCACCAGGUGCUAAGGUUUUUGGAUUGUCUUAUGCAUCAGAAAAAUUAGUUAAUAUUAACCAAAGUGUUGCAGAAGCAGUUAAGGAUGAUAAUUGUGCUGUUUUUGUUAUUGGAGCUUUUGCUCACGGACACAUUAAUGUUGAAUAUACUGACAUUACUCUAUCAAUUUCAAAUUAUCCAUUAUCAGCUGCUUGUGUUGCUGGUAAAGUUUGUUCUGCAUUUGAGAAUUUAUGGGGUGUUCUUUGA